GGUAGAGACGAGUCGGUACUAAACUACGGAAAGCGUCGUCGAGAGAACACCCAAGCGCAUAACACACAGGCGCAUGGCGAGCCGCGAAGGGGUUACUUCGCGUAUUUGGCGCGCCAGGAAAACGCAGAUGUUUACAAAACAAACAUGGAGGAUCCAAAGGAUGGGAGCAUUGGGAAUUGCGUCGUUGAUACGGAUACCUGUAAAUUUCUCUUUAAAAAGCGUGCUAUACGGAAGCAGGUAUCUAGGAAGCGUCAGACGAAAAAUGACAGCGACAGCAGCGAAGAUGAUACCACAGUUAUAAAAAAGGAGAGAAAAGUAGAUGUUUUGAAUCCUAUGAUACAAAGCACAAACUCUAAGAGACGAGGGAGGCCACAAGACGAGAAUAGCAGCGAAGAUGAUUCGGUAAUGGUAUUGUACAAAAGUAAAAAAACUCCACUGCCUGCAGGUCCUAGCGACCAGGGGGCUACAGCAAUUUUAGAGACGGAGACAGAAAUUGACAGAGAUGCUCAAGCCAUAUUUGAGAAAGCCCAAAAGAUAAACGAGCAAUUAGAAGGCAAAGAAGAUGAUAAAAUCUACAGAGGCAUGAAUAAUUAUGCACAAUAUUAUAAGAAAAAAGAUACCGCAGCUGGUAAUGCAUCCAGCGGUAUGGUUCGUAAGGGUCCUAUAAGAGCUCCUGCUAAUUUAAGAGCAACUGUUAGAUGGGAUUAUCAACCUGACAUUUGUAAGGACUAUAAAGAAACUGGAUUCUGUGGGUUUGGAGACAGUUGUAAAUUUCUUCACGACCGUUCGGAUUAUAAGUUGGGUUGGCAAUUGGAGCGCGAAGCAGCAGUUGGUACCCACGAUCUCAGCGGUGACGAAGAUGACACAAAGUAUGAAAUAGAUAGCGACGAGGAACACCUUCCCUUUAAGUGCUUCAUGUGCAGAAAUAGAUUUCAAGAUCCUAUUGUGACAAAAUGCAAGCAUUAUUUCUGUGAAAAGUGUGCUUUGGCUCAAUAUAAAAAGAGCACUAGAUGCUUUAUUUGCAAUACGCAAACAAAUGGAGUGUUUAAUCCCGCUAAAGAUAUUAUCAAAAAAAUGGAAGAAAGCGAUAGAGCAGCUUCGGAAAGUGAUUAGCUAUUUCCGGAUACUAAAUGAUUUUGCAUUUUUACGUGAUGUGAAGUGAUUAGAAAAAUGAU